AUGAUGACUAUGAGUCGUUAUUGUAAUGACGUUAUUUUGAUGACGUUUUCCCACUGCGUAAGCGAAGUUUUUCCGCCUGUUGGAGCGGAGAUCCCGUCUGUUCCUCAGUAUACCAAGUUCCUGUGCAUCGUUGCUCGUGAAGCUGCUCAUUCGCUGCAUGUUUUGUUUGUUCUCGCGCCUCCGUAUGCUGUUAGUUUGGAUCAGAUGCAUCAGAGACAGUGCCAGCACAUCGAUCGGUACCGCACGCAGCAUCAGCUGCUCACCAAAAAUACUCCAGAAAUCAUUCAAACUCCGCGGCGACAGCCGCUCCCGACAGUAACGGCUCACGGCCUCUUGCGACGACAGUCGCUCACGGAAAUAAUUCCUCUAGUUUUGCGGCAACAGCCGCUCCAAAUAAUAACAACCGCUCAGCGAUCUCAUCGCCACCGGAUCGCCAUGGCUCCCGUACCUCUCGUCCUGCAGCAUCAGCCGCUUCUUCAUUCUCACAAAGCUCGCGACUAUCGGUACGUGGCGGCACUUGUACCUCUCGAUCCGCAGCGUCAGCUGCUCAUCAAAACAUAA